UUCAGCCGGUUUUCCAUAAGGGUGUAGUCACAGGAGUCUUCUUGGAUAUCACGCAUCACAUCGGAUCCACCUGCACCUCUCCCAUCACCAUCCUGAGUCACACACCUGAACAGCCACCACACCAUCACCAGCAGACCACCAUGGGAGAGAGCCACCAGGCCAAGUUUGACCCAAAGACCUACUUCAACUACUGCUACCAGUUUGCUGCUGUCCCGGGCCAGAAAGACAACAGCCGCUUCGUCUGUUUCGUCCUCAGUCAGCUCAGCAAGACCUUCUCAACAGGGAAGUACAGGGGCCAGAGGCUGAUAGAGGUGGGUACAGGGCCAACCAUCCACACGUUGAUCAGUGCCUGUGAGUACUAUGAUGAGAUUGUGGUGUCGGACUACGUGGACAGCAACAGGAAGGAGAUUGAGAGGUGGCUGAAAGCAGAGGAGGGAUGUUUCGACUGGAACGCUCACCUACAGUAUGUCUGUGAUCUGGAGAAGAAAAGAACCCCAGCGAUCAUCACAGACAUUCUCCGUCAGAGAGUUAAACAGGUUCUAAAGUGCAACAUCUGCCUGGAGAACCCGUUCCACCCUGUCACGGUUCCACCGGCGGACUGCGUCAUAUCCUCGCUGUGCCUGGAAGCGGCGUGUAAGGACCGCGAGUCCUACCGCCGCUCACUGUCCUCCAUGGUGGACCUGCUGAGGUCUGGAGGGGUCCUGGUCCUGAUCGGGGACCUGGAUGAGACCUUCUACACGGUGGGAGAGCAGAGGUUUGACUGUGUCAACCUGAGCGAGGAGUUCAUCACUGAGACGCUGUCGAAGCUGGGGCUGUCUGUGGAGGAGUUCACGCUGCAGCAGGCUGAGGACCGGGACAGCAACCACAAGUGUGACUACGCGGCCUCCUACCAUCUCAUCGCCAUCAAACACUGAUCAGUCAUUAACCAACGGAUUAAUCAUUCAUAUUAUAAUAAAUACAACUCAGAAUGUUUGUUUUGUAACAUUA